AACCCCAAAGCCCUUCUCGCAGUUCGAGCUACUACACAAGUAGUCAAGUACGGCUGAUUCGUGAAGCGAGCUUCCACUUGUUCGAAUCACACAGAAUGGCCACCGCCGCCGCUUCCGCCGCUGCCAGAUCCUUUUUCCGGUCGUCCUCCGUUCUAAACUCCGUCAGCCGGGUGGCACAUGAAGCCAAAGCGGCGCGCCCCCCUUUCCGCAUCGCUUCCAGAACUCCUCUAGGUUCUCGCAUCUUCAGGUGUCCGGUAGAGUUGAGCGCGUGUGGACAGUCGAUGCAGCCCUACCACACGGCCACUGCUUUGGCUUUAAUGAACUCAAUGCUUACCGUCUCUCCUCGCAGCUUCGGUUGGCUUUCAGAAGCCUGCAUUGAUGAUGCAUGACCAGUGUUGUCAUUUGAGGGUUCAAGCAAGUUUCCUGUUCCUGUGGAGUCUGCUGUCACUAUGGUUACAAUCCAGAUUCCACAAUAAGAUGGCAACAAGAUGUCCUCUGAUCAAACCAAAAUAUUUUCUUGUCUGCUUAUUCAAGACCUAUGAUCUUUUUACUUUGUUAUUUAAUGUAUGAUAUAUACUUCUGAUUUUUACCAAAAGAAAUAUAGUUCAACAGAGCUACACUUCUGCAGUCAUGAAAAUUUUCUAGCAUCUCACUUGUCAACUCCAGUUUAGGUCAAAAUAGUCAUGAAAAUUUUCUAGCAUCUCACUUGUCAACUCUAGUUUAGGUCAAAAUACCUAUGAAGUCCAUGUACUAGUGUUUUGUUCAAUUUAAUCCUUAAUUUUAUUUUAUUCAA